CGCUCACCGGCUUACUAUCGAGUGUAGUGAAGGGAAGCGUCACUCUCCUCCUUUCUUCCCGUUCGUGUGCGCGCAUCUCUCGUGAACGCCAGAGAAAACCGGCAUCGGUUUUUUCUGUCUCGUUCGUGCUCGAAUCCGUCCGCCGCGCUUUCGGUCCAGGUUGUGUCCAGACCCAAUUAUCUGCGUGUUCCGGCUCCGAGAUCCCGCCACGGCGGACCGGCUAACGUUGGGCGUAGCUGGGGAGGCUUUUCCCCGUGUGCCGCUGCACUGACUGACUGACUGAGUAAUCCUCACUGUCUCCAAAGAGCCUGUAGUGCUGUGGCCAUCCUCAAAGGCCGUAGUCGACCAGCCGUGUCCUGCAGAGACGGACCUCCACUAUUCGCAGGGAGAUGAAGCCGGAUGGAGUUGCCACGGCAGCACUGGAGCCAAUAGAAACGUUGGAAUCCAACACUGCAAAUGAAGAGGCGCCACCAACGGAGCAGGAACCCAACCAGGCAACAGCUCCAGCGGUGCAGGAGAUGCUCCAACAGCCUGCAGCACAGACAAAGGGUCAUGUGGACCCGCAACCAAACCAGGCCAAGGAGGGUUCUGCUGCUAAGACCAACAGCAAGAACUCCGCAGAGCCCAAGGCUACCAACAAGGGUACAGCCAAGACAAAACCCGGGAGCACGAGCUCACCCAAGCCCAUAUCAGGCCCACGGACAAGCACGCCCCAGAACCGCAUUGCAAAUGGCGUGACUAAGCCUCAGAUGAAUGGCGCCGCUAAGAAGACUGCACCUGCUGUGGAGAAAAAGAGCACCCCGACCCCAGCUUCCUCCAAAAAACCAGCUGGAGCGGGCGCCACCGUCCCAAAAACACCUGCUAAAGUCGGGGAGAAGAAAGCUGUGGGAUUGUCCGUUUCCAGCAACAGUUCAAAGGCUGCAGGCGGAGCAGCAGCGGUGAAAAAGCCACCGUCCACAACUGCUAAUGGAGUCAAAUCUAACACUGCUGCAGCUGCUGCUAAAAAGCCCCCAGCAGCGAAGCCUGCUAAUUCCACUCCCAAGCCGAGCGCCGUGGCUUCAACCAAACCUGAUAAACCCCCCGUUUCCAAGACAACCAGGGCCACCACCAGUACACCGACCCGGCCCACCACCGGCUCAUCUCAGUCGGCCACCACGCCCAAGAGCCCCAUGGUUUCAUCAAAGCCCGCCACCCCUAAAACUCCUAGCAACGCCGGCAAGCCUGCGACUUCCAAAUCAGCGUCCAGCACUCCCUCUGGUGGCAAACCUCCGGUAUCACAAGCAUCCAGAAACACAACACCUGCGAAGAAAGACGUUACCAAACCGUCCACUCCAGCAGCCAGAAAACCUGCGGAUUCGCCCCUGACUCGCCCUUCCUCCUCAACAAAGUCCUCAAAGCCCGAAACCCCCAAGUCAUCCUCAAAAUCAGACGCCACGGCCAAAAAGUCCAACCCAAAUAAGAUUUCAGAAUCAAAGACGCCCAAUCGCACCAAAACACAGGAGGGCAGGGCCACACCCUCCAAGAACAGCGGCACCAAACCAGCAGCAGCCAAGACCACCAGCCCCAAGAAGACUGUGGGGAGCAGCACCCCGACCCCUGUCAAACGGGCCCCCAAACCCGCGGCAGCUGAUGGACCUGGAAAAGAAGUGGCAGCAGCCAUAGCUGCUGCUGCAGCCAUCGCCACGGCAACAGCUGUCGCUGCAGAACCAGAAGGGCUGCAGCCUCAGGCAGAGGCUCAUGUGGAGGUACCAGCUGCAGCUCGGGAGGAAACACCUGAGGCCGCUCUGGAACCGGUCCCAGAAUCACAGUCAGCGUGUGAAGCCAAGUCAAAGCUCCUACAGGAACCAGCUGCAGAACCCAUGCAGGAGCCUAGACCACAACCUGUCAGGGUACCAACUCCAGAACCUGUGAGGGUACCAACUCCAGAACCCGUGAGGGAACCAACUCCAGAACCUGUGAGGGAACCAACUCCAGAACCUGUGAGGGUACCAACUCCAGAACCCGUGAGGGUACCAACUCCAGAACCUUUAAGAGUUCCAACCCCUGAACCGAUGAGGGUUCCAACUCCAGAACCGAUGAAGAUACCAACUCCAGAACCGAUGAGGAUACCAACUCCAGAACCAAUUAGGGAUCCAACUCCAGCACCAGCGAGGGAACCAGCGAGGGAACCAACUCCAGAACCGAAGAGGAUACCAACUCCAGAACCGAUGAGGAUACCAACUCCAGAACCGAUGAGGAUACCAACUCCAGAACCGAUGAGGAUACCAACUCCAGAACCAAUUAGGGAUCCAACUCCAGCACCAGCGAGGGAACCAACUCCAGAACCGAAGAGGAUACCAACUCCAGAACCAAUUAGGGUUCCAACUCCAGAACCUGUGAAGGAACCAACUCCAGAACCGAUGAGGAUACCAACUCCAGAACCAGUUAGGGUUCCAACUCCAGAACCAGCAAGGGAAUCAACCCCAAAUUAUUUACAAGAAUCAACUUCAGAAGUGGUGCAGAAACCGACUUUAGAAUACCUACGAGAACCGACUCCAGAACCUACCCAGGAAGAAACUGAGCAUGAAUCAGGUCCACACCAAAUUCUAGAACCUUCUUCAGAAAUUCUAGUAGGACCGCCUCAGCCAUCAGCAGCUGCUGAACUGGGCUCCAGCGCCGCUCAGAUGGACCAUUUCCAGUUCCAAGAGACCACCAACAACUCGUUCCCUUCCUUAGGAACAACAGUCAUGUCUCCGCCCUGUUCUCCGCCAGGCCCCGCCUCUCCUGUCAGACAACCACAGAGUGCCUCCCCUCUGCUGCGCGUGGAUGUCCACUCUGACUCUUGGGCUCAGAGCCAAGAAGAGGAUGAAGAGCAGGAAGGACAGGAGAUGAAGGGUAAGGAAGAGGAUGAGGAGCGUGAGAAAGAAAACCUCUUCCUCCCUCCCCUCUCGGCUCCGGGGGCUUUUGAUGCUGCUGCACAACUACAUUUCCUGGGUGCCUCUCCUCCAGGGGUUUUCAUUCCUGGGGACCUGACCUCCCCCGGUGAAAAGGAGGAGGCAGUGGAAAAGGCUGAUGAGGAGAUCAACGAGGAUGAUGAGGAUGAGGAUGAUGAGGAGGAGGAUGAACAGAGGAGACUGGGACACCAGCUUUCGUCUAUGAUCACCGAUAUGAGCUCAUCUCAGCCCUCUGAUGAGUUCCAGGUCCGCUCCUCUGUGUUUGGCGGCUCCGCCGGUUGGCAUGGAGACGACUUGCUGUCUGGGAUGGACUCUGAGGAUGUGAGCAGCUGCACGAGCAGUCGACAGCCGGGCGUGUCCGACCUCAGCAGCACCCUGCACACCGCCAUACUGGAGGGCACCCAGAGCUCAGACGCCUUAGUGGACUCCAGCCUCAGAGGGUCAGAGGGAGACGGCAACCUCAUGGGCUCUCCCAACGUGGAAACCUUAGCAAACGAGGAAGAAGAGGACGAGGAUGAAGAGGAUGAACGGGUGGACGACAUGGACAUGAGCUCAGAGCAGGUAGAGGAGCAACACGGCCUGUUCAAGGAGCGGGACCAGAAUGAGGAGGAGGAGGAUGAAGAUGUGGAGAUGCACAGUGAAGGGCUGGUGGAGAGCGGCGGGAACAUGGAUGAAGACGGCUUCAAUGAGGAGGAGCGUUCAGACAACAUCAACCUCGCUGGUCUCCCGCCCUGUGCCCCCCCGAUCUCUAGUUGGAGUCAGACCAACCCUUUCUCCGACACGUGGAGCCAGCCUGCCUCGCUGCUCUCCGUCUCCUCCCCCAGCCCCAUGUCAGACCAUGGUGCCGCUGAGUCCGAGACCCCCACCCAGUCUCCCGCCCAGGCCUGCUUAGACAGCGGCGCCCCGUCUUUUGCUCCUCAGACAGAGCAUCAACCUGGGAGCCAACCCCCCGAAUACAGCCUGCUGAUGGGCGUGGCUCCAGAAGAGGCCCCUGACCUCCUGGUUGCUCCGGCUGUGGGCGUGUCCCAGUCCAGCACCCUGAGUGGGGGCGCUCUGGCGGCCCACAGCAGCAGUGAGACCAGCACUCCGGAGGAGCUCCAGGACUACGACAGCAGCUCCGGGGUGGAGUCGCGCUCUGACAAACAGCAGACCCCCGUUCCUGCUUCGCUCCAGCCGGACGUGGAUCAGGACCUGGGCAUUCACAUGGAGAAGGGGGACGGAGAGGAAGAGGAGGCCGAGACGCUCCCUGCCGACGAAGUCCCGGGAACGGGACCCCCCACUGCUCCAGCAUCCGACCCAUCUUCUCCCUCCACCUCAGGCGACGAGGCCAGCGACACAGAGGGGGAGAUCCAGAUCAACGACCCAGAGACCCCCAUUAAGAUGGAUGCCGGGGUUGAGUUCGAAAGCCCCAGCCCCACCUGCGGCCUGCCAGCGCUGGAGGAGGAGGCCGGAAACACGGCAGCCGGAGAGGGGGAGGAGGACGGCGGCGGGACCACGCCUCAGUCUGCCAACUCUGUGGCGUCUUACGGCUUCGACUGCACCACAUCCAAUUCCAACGCCCACUCCAUGGCCGAGAGCUGCGGGAAGAGCCCCGGCAUCUUCUCCCUGGAGAACGAGGAGCAGCUUCCAGAGGAGGCCAAAGACCCCUCCCUCAUCAAAGAGCUCACACUGCCAUCCGCCGCCGCCGCCCGCCCCGAGGACCUGCUGGGCGGCGCCGUGGACCUGAUGCCUCUGAGCCACACAGAAGAUCCCUACCCCAGUCUGGAUGAGCGUCACUAUUUGCUCGGCGGGAAGCUUGUAGCAGAACACGUGGAAGGUCCACAGGAGCCCGGUCAGCACACACGGAACCAGGAGGCGGAGGACCCCGGCGACUUCCAGCCUCCGUACUUCUCCACCGUUUGCGAUAAGACUGAUAGUUUCCUGGAAGGUAACGUAUAAGUCCUUCCCGUUCUCCCUGGAAUGCACCUUUUCCCUGCAACCCUCCCCCCGCCCCCGUUUGUUUCCUCUCCACUUGGGUUAGACGUCUUAGCAGACAAAGAGGACAGCAACAGAGUAGAGGAGCAGAUAAAAAUAAAAAAAAUGAAGGAGAAGGAGGAAAAAAAAUGACAGUAGCGGUUUUUCAAUGAAGCCUCUGUCUUUCUUACUGUUCCAGUCAUGGUUAUGAGUUGAGUGUAUUGCUAAAACCGUAACGGACUAUAGAUACUACCGUUUUUCCACCAAGUAACACUGCAAACCCCCAGGCCCCGCCCCCUUCCCAGCGGGGUACUGACUGAUUGGUCCACGGCGACCGAGCCUUUAAACUGAAAGGAAAACUCUGACGGAAGGAAAUGGACUCAUUUGUGUAUUUAUCCCACUGUUUUUACCAAACACAUGUCCUUUUCUUUUUAUAUUUGCUUUGUUGUUUUGGUUUGUUUUCUGGUCCUUCCUCUCUGCACAUGAGGCAUUCUUCUCAGAAAGUUUCAAAAUAAAGCCUCGUCAGAAACACAGCUACAGCUUUACUAAGGUUCAGGGCUGACCCUCCUGCUAUAAAAGCAUCAUUACUGUCAAACACUGGUUUUAGAUUUUGGUAAAUUUGACCAAAUUACUGGAGACUUUCAUCUAAGUGUGACUAGUGUUUUGAUCAUGGACAUGAGGCCUUUUUUUUAUUCUUUGUUUUUAUUUUGAUUGGGAGCAAAUGAAGCUCACUGGUUUUAUCUGAACCCCAUCUGAGUCCUCAAACUUUCUGGAUACAUUUUUCCAGCCCCACAGUCUCGUGUGGGACAGCCCUAACUAGCUAGCACUUGGUGACGUUUUGUUUUCUCGUGUGCUUCAGCAGGUUCAGCGCUCUUGCCGUAGGUUGGUCAAAGUCACAGCGUUUGUGUGACGUGGCUCCGUUAGCUUGACCGUUUGUGCUCCGGUGAACCACAAAGCUUUUAUUUUGUAAGAUCCUGCUAAGCCUAUACGGUUGUGACAGCUGAGCUUUCCAGUUUGAAAGCCUCCAUAGCAGGCUUUUUGUUUCUGUUCAACAGUAUAUUGCAUGUUUAACUAACAAAACCAGUUUGUACUACCUGACGUUUGAGACAGUUCUGCAGUAGAAAUGAAUGGUUCACUCUAGGAUAUCUUUCAAAGUUCCAUUAAAGCAUCAUUGCAAGGCA